AUGGAAUCUUCACUGGAGAAGAGAGAUGUAGCUGCAAAAGGUAAAAGGAACGGCAUAUUAUCCGACUUAUUGUGCAGUUCAGUGUUGCAGGGCGAAGGACACAAUCCCAACCUAUUUGUCUUUGAGAAUGCUUCCUUGAGUGCAAGUGCGUCUGACAGGACUGGGGACAAUCGCUUUUCGAAAGCCACAGGAAUACAGCCUGACAUCCAGCUUGACAGCUCGGGCAUCGCUUCGCCUUCAAGUUUCGGUGAGAACUUGGGUUCGGCGCGGAUCACAUACGCCAUUUCUGACGAGGGCCAUGCUGUCAUCACUGGCAGGGACCUUGAGCUCCAUCGAUGUGAGGAUGAGCCCAUCCAUACUCCAGGAGCUAUUCAGGGAUUUGGACUCCUAGUUGGGCUAAGGGAAGAGUUCGAUGGCCGCUUCUCGGUUCGUGUUGCCAGCGAGAACUCGGGGCGCAUCGUCCGUUAUUCUCCUCAAGAACUGUUCUCCCUGAACAGUUUCCUAGACGUCUUUAAGGAAGAGGAAGCUGAUAAAAUACGCUAUCGAAUCCGCUCAAUACGCAACGAGGAUAGCAAUCCCGUCACGAAUGAGCCCGCUGUGUUUAGCAUAUCCAUGCAGCAACCAAGAGACAAAAGCAUCAAGCUCUGGUGUGCUAUAUAUAUUGCCUCCAGUCACUCCAAUCUGAUUAUUUGCGAGUUUGAGUUACAGGAUGACUGCGAUCAUCCUCUCCGGCCCUCGGAUGAAAUGAAACCAUCUCCGCCAAAGAACACUCCAAACCAAGACCUGGCCGUUCAGGAAUCCAACAAGGAGAUCGAGGUACUUCGACAGCAUCUUAUAGAUCUGCGAAACCCACGGAAAGAAAUAGACGCCAUGGAUACUAUCGAUCUCGUGUCCCAGAUAGAGCAGUCGUUGGGGUCGGCCCCCAAUUUGGACGUGUUCCUGGAGAUUGUCGUUGACAUCGUUAAGGAACUAACGGGCUUUCAUAGAGUCAUGAUAUAUCAGUUCGAUUCUUCCUUGAACGGGAAGGUCAUUACUGAGGUUGCUGAUCUGGCUUACUCUCAAAAUCUGUACAAGGGUCUGUGUUUCCCAGCUUCCGAUAUCCCAAAGCAGGCGCGGGAACUGUACAAGAUCAACAAAGUUCGUCUUUUGUACAACAGAGAUUUGGAAUCCGCCAGACUUGUAUACCGGUCGGUGGAAGAUGCAAAACAGCCUCUGGAUCUAACUCAUUCCUACCUCCGUGCCUUGUCGCCAUUUCAUCGGAAAUAUGUCACCAACAUGGCGGUGCGAGCGUCCCUCUCCAUCUCUAUCACUGCUUCCAAUGAGCUUUGGGGCUUGAUAACCUGCCACACAUACGGACCUCAUGGGAUGAGAGUUGCGUUUCCAAUCCGGAAGAUAUGUAGACUCGUUGGAGAUAUAGCCUCAAGGAACCUCGAGCGGCUAUCCUACGUUUCACGUUUGGAGGCAAGGAAUUUGAUCAACACUAUACCUAACGACAACAAUCCGACCGGAAACAUUAUAUCCUCUUCGAAAGAACUGUUAAAACUGUUUGAUGCUAACAGUGGCAUGUUGUAUGUACUCGGGGAGACAAGCAUUAUGGGACAACCCGAAGAUUCCCAAGAAGUUCUUGCAGUGCUCGAGUACCUUCGUAUCAAAAAGUUCACGUCGGUGAUAACGACGCAAAAUAUUGGAAACGACUUCCCCGAACUGCGAUACCCCCCAGGCUUCUCCACCGUCGCUGGUCUUCUGUAUGUGCCUCUCAGCUCAGACGGGCAGGACUUCAUUGUGUUCUUACGCAAAGGGCAGGUUGUAGAGGUUAAGUGGGCAGGAAACCCUUAUAAAAACGUUAUUAACGAAGGAACUUCUAAGCUCCUCGAGCCGCGACCAAGUUUCGAAGUGUGGCACGAGGUGGACAGUUCCAAAUGCAAAGAAUGGUCCAGUGAACAAAUCGAAACUGCGGCAGUUCUCUGCCUAGUCUAUGGCAAAUUCUUGGAGAUUUGGAAACAAAAAGAGACCGCGGUCAGACUCAGUCGGCAAACUCAACUGCUGUUGGCAAAUUCAGCGCAUGAACUCCGAACGCCCCUGAACGCUAUUAUCAAUUGUCUCGAAAUCGCGCUGGAAGACAAUCUUGACGAGGAGACCAGGGACAAUAUUGUAAAGUCUCGUUCGGCGUCUAAGUCACUAAUCUGUGUCAUCAAUGACUUGCUGGACUUAACCAAGACGGAGGAAGGACAAGAGCUUAUCAAGGACGAAAUCUUCAACCUGAUGGCGUGCAUCAAGGAAGCCACGGAGCCCUUCACGGAUGUUGCGAAGAGAAAGACCAUCGACUACGAAAUAAUCGAGCACCCGAGCUUACCCCGUCUUGUCCGCGGCGACCAACGCAGAGUACGUCAGAUAAUUACCAAUUUGGUAGAGAACGCCUUCCAGUUUACUUCUCAGGGGCGCAUCAAAGUAGAGUGCUAUGCUGCAGAAAUCAUCAAUUUCAGGGUUAAGUUCGAGGUUGCAGUCCAAGAUACCGGGCGCGGCAUGAGCUACCAACAACUCGAUGCGCUUUUCCGAGACUUUGAACAGGUGUCUUUGCAUGCGGACGAGUCUAGCAACGGAGAUAAAGUAGGAAAGUCUGGGGAUAAUCGCACUAUGGGCCUUGGUUUGGCCAUCGUAGCAAGAAUCAUUCAAAACAUGGGUGGCCAGCUUCGAGUGAAAUCGAAAGAAGGCAAGGGGUCACGAUUCGUCUUACAGCUGCCGUUAGGUCUAGUCAACAAUGCUGCCAAUGACAACGCUAGUACUAACGAUAUCAUCCUUGGAGCACAACCAAGUGCAGCCACGACCACGAACACUCCACACCCUAAGGAGUCUGGCGAGGUGACACUCGUUGACCGUCGAAGUCCUAUUAUGAUGACUAAUGCCAAUUUGGACCACGCUCUCGCUAUGCCAAAUGGGACUAGUAUAAUCGGCAGUCCUGUUUGUGGUGUUAGGAAGGAUACCGAUGGUGAACGCCUGCUUGAUGCAAUUCAAAAUUCUUACCCUGUUGGAGACCCGAUGUUUCAAGAGAUAAGACAGCAACGCCAAGUCCCGAAAACCUCCUCCAAGUCGCUCUUGUGUGGAGAGUCUAUCACCAGCAACGUACCGCAGCCUGAGAAUAGUGAUAGACGUCCGUUCAGCACUGGAAGUAAGCAUUCCCAGUCCGGGCGAUGUACAACAAAAUCACCAACGGAUACGCAAACCCCGAUGGGAUAUGUCAGAGCGCCUCACAAGUAUCACGACAAGCCAACUUUGCUUCCAUCGACAGUAACCAGUAGCUACACCAACGCUUCGGCAUCUACGUCAACUGGUGGCAAAUUACACGUUCUCGUUGCCGAGGACGAUCCCAUCAACAUGAUGAUCAUUCGAAAACGCUUAGAAACAGCCGGACAUGCGGUUUCAGCUACCGCCAAUGGUGAGGAUUGUGCGAGGGUAUACAUCGACAAGCCCCAAGAUUUCGAUGUGAUCUUGAUGGAUAUACAGAUGCCCAUCGUAGAUGGCUUGAAAAGUACUAAAAUAAUAAGGGCGUUCGAAAAGUCGGAGGAGUGCUUCGGUCUGUCAUCCUUAGCACAACACCAAGGUAGGGUGCCAAUCAUUGCUGUAUCGGCAUCUCUCGCAGAGUCGGAGAAAGCAGUCUACAUAAAUGCUGGUUUUGACGGCUGGAUAUUGAAGCCAAUCAACUUCAAGAGACUGAACGUCUUGCUAACCGGAAUGUUUGACGAUGACACACGUAGCAAUUGCCUCUAUGUCAAAGGAGAAUGGGAACGCGGUGGUUGGUUUGCAAGCCGAUGCAACAUCCUGUCCCACGGUCUCGAAGUAAGCAAAGCUUCAUCAUCUGAUUUCAAAUCGACAUCCCUAGUUCUUAAGCAGUCUGAGGCCGGCACAUGA